AUGGCUGUCAGCUUUUACAAGAUGUUCGGCUACCCGACUGGUGUGGGCGCGCUCAUUACCAAAAAGAGCUUUCCAGAUACCCUCAAUCGACCAUGGUUUAGUGGCAGAGCUGUGGAUUUUGUACAGAGUCCCGGAGGACUAGCAUUGCCGGCGAGUGACUUGAUUGCACGCUUCGAGGAAGGUGCACUGAACUAUGCGUGUCUUUCGGCAAUUGAGCCCGGCCUUGACUUUCUGAAGAGGUAUAUGCCGUCACUCUCCAUACGACUUUCAGCCAUUCACCACUACAUUCACACAUGCCUCGAGUCUCUCGUUUACCCAGAAAACCGGCACCCAUCUCGUCCGUGUCCACACCAAGAAGCGGAUGCUGAAGGCGCAGCCUCAGUCAAGUUAUCCUCGAGGUGCAUCCGUGUCUCCUCUAUCCUCUUCCGAGGCAUCUCUCAGGCGGCUCUUCGCCCGGAAAGCCACAUCGUCGCACACCGCACCCUUAACACCGGAAUUGAGGCACGGAUAUGCACGAUCCCCGUCACUCACUUCGCUACCUUUGCCCAUGGAAAUUUCAUCCAGACCCCUUUGAUGGCUUCCUCCCAAACUCCGGAUGGGGAGAGCCGGGUGCAUGGUGAGGAAGGCCAGGGUUACGUGCUGUCGUGCACAUUCCAUACGAGCUCGGGUACAAUGAUCCCACUCUCUCAUAUCUCCAAACUGGCAGCAGCUCAUGGAAUCUCGCUAUGA